AUGGCCGAAGACACGCGGCGACCAGUGCGGCGGCCACAACGCCUGGCGCAAGCUCCAAAGCCAAAUGCGUCGCUCUACGUUGGCUAUGUCGAAGACGAUGAAAGCGUCGACUCCAUCAUGCGAAAGUUUUCAGAGCUGGAGAAGAUUGAGCGCAAAGCCAAACGCCAGCAGGACAAGUGCACUCCGUCGUCGUCGACUGCGCUCUCAGGCACCGUGGUCGCCGUGGCCGAUGCUGCAGUCCCAGUGACUGAGCAGGGCCUUGCGACGUCGUCUGCUGCUCCUUGUGUGAUGCCAGUGCCCUCCCUGAGCGAGCAGUGCCGUCAGACUGAUUGCGCCAAAUCUUCCCGCCAAAACACUCGCGGGUGA